AUGGCUAAUGACGAUUGUGAUGUUUCUGCUUUAUGUGGACGACUCGAAGCUAUCAAACUCGUCCAUAAACCUGUUAAACUUGCCCAGAAACCCCCGAGAUGUCGCAGAUCGUCAAAGAAGAGGAAGCCUAUUCAGGUGUACACUGAUGGUUCGUGUAUCGACAACAGGGCUUCAGGAUUUGGGAUCUACUUUGGGCCACAUCAUGAGCUCAACAGAUCUCAGCGAAUCAUCGGUCCUAUCCAUAACAGCGGUCUAGCCGAGAUUUUAGGAGCCCAAAUGGCUUUGCGGAUGCUACGAAACUGGAAGGGAUACAACAACGAACCAGUGAUCUUACGCACGGACUUUCUGCCAUUAGUGCGUGCUAUGAGUGGAGGCACAAGUGACGGCAGGUUCGCAGAUGAAAUGGAAAAGGUUCGAAGCUUGGCGAUGGAAUAUCCGAAUGGCGUUCAGUUCCAACACGUUUACGCUCACGAUGGUGAUCCCGGAAAUGAGCAGGCAGACGCAUUGGCACGAAUAGCGACUGCAGAUGCAAGACGAGCACGAUCAGCCAGUGCACCACGAUACGGUCGAUGGGAACGACGAAGUCGGUCGAGAAGUCGUGAACGACGACCUCGGUCAAGAGAGAGGAGUAGCAACUGGAAUCGAAAUCGUUCCAAAUCGCGUAACAACGAUCGUCAACAUGUACGAAGUCACAGCGCAUUCGUUGCGGGUAGACGGCAUUAA